UGUGUUGUUGUAAUGCGCGGAAGGUGUGUUGGUGGCCGAACACGGCAUGGGCGACACGGAAUGUGUCCUCAUGUUACAGACACGUGUCUUGUAACAUGUUUCCGGUGAUGUGUGAAAGGUGUGCACGAAAGUGAUCUCUUGUAAAUGUAAAAUAAAUGAGGACAAAUUCCGUGUCGCCCAUGCCGUGUUCGGCCACCAACACACCUUCCGCGCAUUACAACAACACAACAAAAACACCCAUCCCUGUGGACCUGUGCUCGCCUGCUUCCCGACCUCGCACACCACUGCACAACGCCCUCCUCCCAUCGCUUCGCCCCUUUCACAAACUUUGCUCACCUCGUUCAAUUCCAGAACCGUGUUCAACGCUUGGCCUCUUUUUUAACUUGUGCUCGGCAAGUGUGAUUAUUUUUCUCUCUCUCAUGUACACUGUCGUUGGUAUAUGUUUUACAUUCGCGUGCUUAGUCACAAUGGUGCUUGCGUUUGGACUUUGGUAACAGCGGCGUUCGGUUUUGAGUGUUUGUGUGGUGCCGUUAUCAAUGAGUUCCACCGGUACAAUAGUGUCCGUCUCGGAAUGUUAUACACCUAUGUAGCGUUUACUCUUUAAUGAUGCACGUGUGUUCAGUUAAAAAUUAUUCGCGCAAAAAUGCAUUGUACUUCAGUUGAUGGGAUUGCAACGUGAACCUGUUUCACUUCUUUUUCGUUCGGCGUCGGCACUGGGUCCUCAGCGUUAUCGUCGCUCAACCGUCCUCUCUUUCUGGACUCGAAGUGCCACCGCCGAGGAUGUUCCGCAAGAGAAAGGACGUGUUCGUCAUCCCUGGCCUGAACCACACCGAAAACACCGGCGGCGGCGUCCCCGCCGUGACCCUGCUUAGUGUGGGGCCCGCGCCGGACCGCAGCCCUGUGCGGCGGCCCUGGUAUGCGGGCGGCCGCCAUGGCAUCCCCGGCUUCCCCUUCCACCGAAAAACUUCGCGGGCCGCGUGGAGGAUCAGCCGCAGCUUGCGCACCCGCUGCUCGCACGACUCUGGCGUUGAAGUCUCGAGUAGCGCUCCUCCGUCCCCGGGAACAGCCGUGGUAGUCGUCGCUGCCGCCAACGAUAACGACGAUGCCGAUGACAACGACCCGGCCGUGACGACGGCGCCCUUGAGGCAUCGGAACGGUGCUCCCGGCAGCGUGUCCGGCUCUGUCGACGGAUUGCCGGUCGCGGUGCUCUCAGACCUGCCUGGCGGGCGCCGUCCGUCGGCUCGGCCUCGAAGAGGCAGGAAAGCAGCGGGGAAAUAUCCACGAGGCCACGAGUCUGGGGAAGCUCAGAGACUCGAGCUCGUGGACGAGGAUGGUGUCCGGAAGCCUUCAGUACAGUCUGAAGACGAGGUUGCGAGCGGGGCAUCAUCGGACAGAAAGCCGACACUGGGUGACUCGCAAGUAGCGGGCAGGAGGCAUAGAGAGACGGGCGAGCAUCGUAUGGGAGUGGAGACGGAGCGACCGCUGAAGGAGAAGAGCGCGGAUUGCACUGACGGACCGCAUGAGCGCCGUGUUCAGGUGUGUAAUCGACCGUUACUGGCCGGCGUUCAGGUAAAAGCUGCUGCAGCAGUGGGCGUGGGCAUGGGACUGUGCCACCUGGACCAGCUGUGCCGCCUCAUGGAGAAGAUGGGGCACCUCAAUGAGGCCAACAGAAGGCUCCAGCAGCAGCUCGUGCAUCUACAAAGUGACCUACAGGCCCAGAGGUUCCAACAGGGCCUGCUGCUGUCCGCCUGCCAGUGCGGGACACGCGCUUGGGUGCAGCAGCACUGGCUGUCACUAGCGCAGUCUCCAGGCAGCGCUGGCCCAAGGCUCCGCUCGCACUCCGACGUCGCCGCGGAGACGCUCGGUGCUGCUGUGCACAGACAGCGGCCGCCCCCGGGAGCCGCAGGCAUGCCGAGACGCAGCUGCUCGGUCAACACCCACGGUCACGUCGACGCCGCCCUCAUGGAGAAGGACCGGGGGUCCAUUGCCCCCAAGAAGCACGUUCUCAACUCGCUACCGUAGACGGUGGAGUCCGUUCGCCGCAUUGUGUUGGGACCGGAGGGGGGUGGUGGGAGCAGGCAGCACUAAUGGGGGGACGAGAGCCGCCCUCGCCCCGGCGACACUGGCAAUAAACACGAACCAACCCAGCCCUAUGGCAUGGCGAUUCCGCCUGCAUUUAAAGGUGCUCGAGCUGGCCUCACCGAUUAUGUAAAAAAGCGAUUGGUCGACGAAUCAGAAAACACCCAAUUGGGGGGUGGGGGUAAGUCUCACCUCUGUUCCCAUGUGUGCCGCUGGAUAGGAGGUGAUGGGCGGGGCUUGUUGACAUCAUCACCAGCCCCAUCACGCUGGUUGAGGCUCGUAGGGGGUUUCCCGCUUUCGGGAGGCAGGAUGUCAGGGUGGCCAUCAAUAUUAAGUAGGGCCAGAAUAAUCGACCAGGAAAAAUAAUCGAUGACAAUUUUCCAUCAAUGUAAUCGAUUUUGAUCCUCAGCUCUGCAAGGUACCCUCGCCAUCAUCUCUCUUCCCCAUCUCAAUUGCACCCUCGACCCCACACCCCCUCUGCACUGAUGUGUUAUUUAAGUGCUCGGCUGAUGCU